AGCCCGCAAACCGAUUAGUCACGGAACGAUAACGGUCACAGACUGGCCGUGUGGUAGUAGCAUCUAGGUUCGUCUGCCCAAAAAAAAACCGUCGAAAAAAAAAGAAACGAAACGAGUUGAGAUGUGAUUCACGAUUCGACGGGCCUGGAUAUUAUAAACAAUUGUUCGCGUGUUGUUCAGUACCAUUUGAGGCGUUCGGCGGGACGCAAGUGUCCAGAUAAGUCUAGGCGUCCAAUUGCUGCUACCAUUUGACGCUGCUGCUGCGUGUGCGUAUCUUGUGUACGGUUCGGUACGUCUUCCCUGGCAUCGUGACACCCUCGGAGACACACGUUCAAGAUGGGUUGCACCGAGUGGCUGGAGAUGAACCAGAAGAACAAACCGCAAAGCAACGCGCUAGCUACAGGCAUACUGACGUUGCUUACAACUGGUUCCUACCUUGCCGCAACAUUGUUCGAUUCCGGGUUAAGCCACCAGGAAUGGACAUUCGGUCGAUCGCAACCGGCCAUUACGUUUACGCUACUUGUCUUCCACGUGACCGCCGUCGCUGGCUCGAUCGCCGCUUACCUGCUGCUCGAGCGGUACACCAAGAAGCAGAUUAACUAUGUCCUGGUCGCGUGCGUAACGGUCGGUUGUAUCGUGGGGAUUGCCGUCCCCAGUAACCUGAUCGCAGUCGCCUUUGGCCGUGGUCUGAUGGGGUUCGCCCACGGGCUUGCCUACCCGGUGGUGCUGGUACACGGCGGUGAAAUCAUUGUCAAGGAACUGCGCGGUAUCAUAAUGGCGUCCGUCAACUUCUGCAUCGUCAGCGGUGUGAUGCUAGGUUCGGUGUUCAAUAGCAUCACCGAGGAAGGCAUUCCACCGUAUCGUCUUUUGGGCAUUCUCGGUCUGGUCUACAUGCUAUUGUCUGUUUUCCUCAACUACUUCCUCUGCUACGAAUCACCGGUGUUUCUGGUGGAGCGUAAACUCGACGGCCAAGCCAUCCAGAGUAUGAUCAAGCUGCGCAAUGAGUCGAACGAGACGUGGGAGAUCCGUAACGAACUAACGGAAAUCAAAACGAUGCUAUCGGAGGACGAGCUUACGUCGAGAUCGAUCCUGCAAGAUGGUAACCUGCGGCCACUGGUGUUGAUCGCCCUGGGGAAGCUGGCGGCCGUACUGUCCUUCAACUAUGCCAUCAACUCGAUCAAGUACAUCGUCAUCGAUGAGGCACUGUCGCAGGAUCACGAUACCUUUAGCCUCGCGACGACCGUUCUAAUGACGAUCCGAUUACUCGGCGGAAUGGUCGGUAUGUUUAUCGUGGAUUUGCUCGGCCGUAGGGCCCUUGUUGCGGUUUCAUCGUUAUCCACCGGGCUACUGUUGACCGCCAUUGGCAUUACCUAUCUCGCCGCGGACUCACUGUCCAGUGAUGUGGCGAUGGUGAUCCUCUUCGCCUGCGAAGUAGGUUCCUCCCUGGGGCUUACCUUCGUACCGGAUGUGCUCUGUUCGGAGGCAUUCAAUACGCGCAAGAAGGUGCUCUCGAUUGUUGUGGUGCAGCUGCUGGAGAAUGUACUUCAGGUCAUCAUCUUUGCCAUUACGUUCGAGUGGAAUUUUGCUGUUCAGGAUCGGUACGGGGGAACGCUGCUAGUGGCCGGUGUGCCACUAGUGGCCAUCGCUUACGUGCUCUACCAGAAGCUACCCGAAACGUCCAAGAUGUCGAUCCGGCAGGCACGCAUCGAGUUCUACAAACGAGAUGGUAUCGUAUUCGGUGGCAGUAAGAAUUCCGUUGAAGUGCUGUACGAUUGACCGGAGGAUGGGACUAGCAGGUUCCUUACUAUUUAUGUAAAUAAUAAAGUUAUAUUUAU